CCAAGCAAGAGGAAAGAACGACUAAAGUUCACAGUGAAGGCACCGCCCACCUUACAGGAGGCGAGGGAGACCAAGAGAAGGAAGGGCCCACCUAAAGUUCGACUACUACCCAAGGUACUUUCCCGCCCCCGGAAGUCACGGCCGGCCCAAGCGCCUGUGACGUCAGAGGAGCUCAUGGAUAUUCAGGAUCCCUUAGACUUCCUUGCUAAAUACUGCAUCAUUAACCCCGAUCGUCUUCCAUUCUACGAGAUCAUCUUCGAGUCGACUGUGGCGGAGCAGACCCCGAAGUACACUAAACAAGAAAAGAAGGCAGACCAGAAUGAGGGCGCAGGAGGAGGAGAGAAAAAGAAUGAUGGCGUGGAAGAGGAAGAGAAGAAAAAGAAAGGAAAAUCUGGAAAGAAGAAAAAGUCUGCUAAAGAAAAACAAAAGCAGCAAGAAAUCAACCCUGCACUUUUGCCAACAGAGAGAGGCAUGAACAUAGAGAAAGCUUGGAGAGAACUCGUGUUUUGGCGCGUCGUGCCAAAGAUUUGUUUCCUGAAAUUACUUCCCCGGAUUACUUCCCGAAGCUGAAGAAGAAAGGGAAAAAGGGGAAGAAAGACAAAAAAGUGGAACCACCGCGGAAGUUAAGGCCCGAUGAGAUCACACCUGAAGUGAUUGUUGGAAGACUAGACGACAAGAGGCUGUCUCAGCUGACCAGCGAACCGGACAUGAAACAAAUGGAGGCAGAGAUAGACAGACUCAAGGACAAAAUUCGAGACAUUCAGAUGCGAGUGGAACAAAUCGCAAGCGAAAAACUGCUGGCUGACGCUUUCUGUAUGAACCACUACUUCCUGAGACAAGGUUUGAAUGGAACACCCACCUUACCGCCCACGGAUUUCAAACGCCAGCAGAGCGAACUGUACAACCGGCUACAUCCUCACCCGGACUUUGAGAUGAACCUGGAGGAGGUAGAGGAGGCUCUUCAACAAAUCAACAACCACCUCAUCACGGAGAAGGAGUUUUUCUUCCUAUACAAUGUUCUGCACAAAUUCAACCGGGAAAACAGGGGCGUGGUGGACUUCCUGGACUUCGUGACUUACGUCCCUUUGUUCGUGGAGAUUCACAAGCGGAUCGUCAGCCAUCCCCUGAGCGACAAGUUUGACUUGUGAUAGUCAUCUCGUGGACGUCCGUU